UGUUUACAAUGUCAAUACUAUGCAAUAAGCUUCGCAUAAUAUUCUGCACGUUCAUUGCACUUCCGACAAUGGCAGCGGCUGCACAGGUUUUCAAAUGCAUACUUGUUCUAAACAUACACUGUUGGAUUCACCAAGUUCUCGUCUUUGCCAUGGAGUUGUCGCUUCAACGCGUAGAACAAACUUCUGAACCUGACCUGAUCGAUGCCACCGGCUUGAGGGUCAUGAAGUUCAAUAGGACGACAGCCGUCUUGAACGGGACCAUGUUCAUCACCAAGGAUCUGGACGAUCUGUUUGAAUUUCGUAUAACUGUGGCAUACAGUCGCAUCGUUAACAAUCAGUUUGUGGAAUACCCCAUGAAAAUAGCACGGGAAAAAGUGUGCAACGUGCUGAAUGGUUCAUACCGCGAGUACCAGCAUCUUUGGGCCGGCACCACCAACUUUCCCCAGAUAACUGGCAGUGAACGGUAUUGUCCACUGCCCCGUGGUGUGUAUUGGGUUAAAAAUUAUGCCCCCGAUGCCACGUGGGUUCCUCCGAUGGUUCCGGAAGGUUUAUGGCGAAUGUCUCUCGAUAUUUUCAGCGCCGAUGGAAGACUUAUGGCGCAGCUUCGUUCGUACACAUGGUUAAGGAAGUAAUGAAGCAAAGAAGUAAAUUUUGAACUGAUUUUAUUGAUAUUUUGUGGUUUUUCUUAAUAUUUUGUGUAGCUGACAUUGCCAUUGUGCCUUUAACCAUU